AUGAAUCCUCUCUUUCGAUCGGCUAAUCCGACUGGGGCUAUCUACCCACAUCUUCCCCAUGGUCCCGUAGAUCCGCUCCUUGUCUUUCUGUUUGACCAAUUUCACUCGGUUACAGUUAAAAUGUACGUUCUACUUCAGGCAUUGCCUCUCAAGAUCCUACAAGCACGUACACCGCCGCUUCACCGAACAGACCGCCAGGGCUCUGAUUCCCAUACCUGA